AUGUUCGCUUUGGCGGCUCUUGCCGCAGCUCUUUGCCUGGAGGUGGCAGUGGGUGAUUGCCCCUCGUGGGGCAAGCCAUUUCCUAGCAACUUGGCGGGCUUGGACAAGAUCAGCUACGCUGACUUCUUCGACGUCACCUACUAUGACCAGUACAAGGUGCUGGAAUAUUCUCCCGUCCUUUCGAUGUACAGCUCGACUUGGCACCCGGACGCGGCCUUGAAAGGCACGUCGGUCCCACCAAUCGUGCUCUACCAGUGCGGCACCACGAAGCCUACGACGAGCUCGCCUGGGGUCCCAUCGAAUGCUCGCUUCUUCGAGAUUCCCGUCAAAAAGGCAACAGUUGGGUCAUCUGUCCCUCUCCCCUUCAUGGAGCUACUGGGCGUGACGCAGUCCAUCGACUUGCUCGACAUUUCGCUCACCUCGUCGCCAUGUAUGCAGCUCAUGGCGCAAUGCUUCCCCGAAAUGCACAUCAAGACAUCCAACGCGACAUGGACCGCCCGGGCGAACCAGACGGACCUCCUUUUCUCAGAUGCCUUUGGUGCUGGGUACUUCGGCGAUGCGCAAAAGGACGUCCCUUUCCAGAUCUCCCUCGACCGCGGCACCCUUGACCGUGCCGAGUGGGUCAAGUUCAUGGCCCUGUUCUACAACGAGGAAGAGCAGGCAGAACACAUCUUUGAGCAGGUCAAGGCAGAUUACAACGCGCUGAAGACCAUCGGGAACCAGCUCCGCACCGACCCCAGCACCCAAUACAACGGGGAGCAGCCGAAGGCGAUCUUCGUGACGCAGUGGGGUGGCAAGAACAUCAUCAACAACGCCAUCUACAAGAGCAGGUUCAUCGACGACGCAGGGGCCCAGGUAGUUUCCUUGCCGGCCACAGCCCCCAAGAAUUGUACCUUUGCAAGCAACAAUGACGGCUCCAAGACGAUGAGUUGCGACAUCGGCGACGGCGACGCAGGCUUCAAGUCCAUCCUGGCCGAGGCGGAUGUGAUCAUCGACGAGUUCUCCCUCUGGCCCACCCAUGCCGCCUCCGCCUACCCAGGCUUUGGCACAGUCUACAACGUCACGCCCCAGGAGGUCCCAGCUCUCGCACGGAACCCGCCGAACAUCUUUCGCGUUGACGGGUACAUUAGCGACCCUUUCGAGGACGGCACGGUUGGCAUGGGCUGGCUCGACAUCCAGCAGUCGGAGCCGCAGCAGACCCUGGCCGGAUUGAUGGAGGCGAUCUGGGACGCUGACUUCACCAGCACCUGUGGGCAGAAGUACAUUCGCCGGGCUAGCGACAACAAUGCGCAGCAGGUGGUCAGUCACAGCGAUUGCCCGCUUGUCGAUUCACUCGGCCACUGCGAACGGAUCCAUGGCCGCGCCCGCAGCCCCCCUAUGUGCAGCCCGGGAAAGGUCUUCGAACCUUUUGAGACGACGACAACCACGACUGGACAAGUUGAGGCGAGCGCUGCCUGCGGAGUGGGCAUGUUUGUCGCCUUGAUGCUUGGCCCGUUCUUGUCUGCGUUCUAG